AGGAAACCGAUUUUCUUCCACGGUUGUCUUUGUGAUACUGUCAUCAUUGUUAUCGUCAUUGCCAUCCUAUACGCUCACUGGUGUACACCUCCACACAAACAUACGCACAUCAUUCCGUUUAUCGGGCCACCCGUCGAACCGAAGCGUGUACGCUGCUGUGUUGGACCUCUUCCCUCUUCUCUCUUCCCUCACGAGACAGAGAAAGGUAAAGAGAAACGGAAAGCGAGGGGCACGAUACCUCCUUGUUCGCGUAACGCGUUACACGCCAUCCGCACGCAUCUGCAGGGGUCAAACUCGAGAAGAGGAAUAUCCAGGCGGCGUAGACGGUGCGUUCCUGAGUCGCUGACAUAAUAGAAGGAAAAACAGGUGGAAGCGCACCCCCAAAAGUUCAACAGCUUCAUACUCCCACGACAACCACACAAGAGGCAGAAAGGAAGAAACAUGGUUUUAGAGGGUGCACCCGUGACGGGGCUGACGCUGAUCAUCUCCACCGUCUCCUCGGCCAUGGUGCGGGGACAGUACACUCGCUACCGAAACGCCGCCUUCGCCGCGGCUUCCCCGCUCUCGCCCCACAGCACCUCCACCGCCGUCAAGCGUCUUCUGCUGCAGAGUAUUCCCAUCGGCCCUCUCGGCUUCUCCGCCUUUGAUGUCUGUCUCGCGGUCAGUCUCGCCUACCAGUUCCGGACGCUGGAGCGGCGGUGGGGCUCCAACCCUUUCUUGGGCUUCCUCCUCACGGCGUCCGCGUUCGGCGUGUGCGCCACGCAGCUCUUUGUGACGGACAGCGGCACGCCGCAGCUCUCGCUCGAUGCGGUGCGCAUUCUUUCUGCCGUGGGCACCCUCGUGCCGCUCGCGGCGCUGCUCACGCGGUACGUGCGAGAGGUGCCCUCGCUACACAUUAUCAUGCACCGCCUUCCAGGUACCCACCUCGCCGUGACGGAGAAGGCACUCGUCCUCUUGCCAUUCCUGAAGCUGGUGCUGAACCCCGUGACGCAGGUAGACGCACAAACCUAUCGCCGUGCGGCCGUCAUCGUCGACGUUGGACUGUGGACGCGGCUGCUGUGCACCCUGAUUGGGGUUCUCUUCGCCAUCUUCUCCACGCGCUCCACCGCGCUGCGAUGGUGGUUGGUGCUCUUCACCAAGUACGUCUGCCGCCCGCUGCUGCGCUUCCUGCGGCCCUUGACGGAGAUUUUGUUCGGCGCCUCCUUCACGGUCGAUCACGCAAAGCCGCGGCAUCGGCAGCAGCAGCAGCAACAGGGCGGCGGCAGCUUCCACUUCGACAACGACGGCAGCGGCGAUGCGGCAGGGGCGGCGUCGGUGGUGGAUGAUGGCCGGUACGUGGUGGAGAGCUUGGCGGGCGGGGACGCGCUGCAGGAGGUGCGGGCUCGCAUGCGGGCACGCCGCCACGCGAUGGGUCGGGGAGGCGCGAAUGGUGAUGGCGCUGGCAGUGCUUCUCGGACGCCUGUGACACGUCGUAGCCCGCAGGAGGAGGCGGCGAGGGCGUCCGCGGUGGCCACGAUUGAGGCGCUCGGGCUGCCGGUUGGCAGGGAUGAAAUCGCGGCUGUGUUGGACAUGACGGAUGGCAAUGUCGAGACGGCGGUACACGUGCUGAUGGGCAGCUGA